AAAGGUGGACAACAAAUCGCAGUAAUGUCAGGCGGGAGUAAGAUAUUGGCUACUGUUCCUGCUAGAUCCGGCCAAAACAUGCUGUUAUUUCAAAGUUUCACGAACCAAAGCAGAAAAGCUAUAUCUGCAGUGAAAUAUUCAACGAUUCAACCUAUUACUGGUUUAACUCAGACUCUGACGGGCGUUGGUCAGCAACCAGUACUUUUACCGUCUACAAUGGCGCUCGGUCAACCCUUGACUCUAAAGCGAAUAGGGGACGACAGAGAAAAUACCGAACUACUAUUAGCUAUAACGCAACCUAAGGAGGAAUUGAGAGAUACGAAUGACAGACCACAACCUGACAGUAGCACGAAUUUACCUAGCGAAAUUAAGAUAGAAAAUAUUAAAAUUGAACAUGAGUCUGACAAUUCCGAUGGGAAGAUUUUUCAAACUUACCAGAAAACCGUAAUUAACUCUGUAGAAACUUCAGUGAUAGCUACGGCUACACCUACUUCCAAGAUUCAGACUGGUGUUCCGAGUCAAACUAUUGUGACAACGGCGACAGUUGCGGCGAAAGCUGAAGCAAAAAGUGAGCGGAUUCAAUCAGUAUUAGUGACAGCGGGGUCUUCAAAUGGUCCAAUGCUUUCACACACAAAUCCGAGAUAUCGUAAAGUUUCAGAUAAAACGCAUACCACCGAACCAGCUAGUAAAGAUUUUCUUCAUAAUGGCGAAAAGCCUAACAACGAACAAAAGACUUUUAGGGGAAACGCGACGUAUUACGUAAACAAAACCAAGAAGGUUGUCGCGGAAUCGCAGAAGAUGGACAGCGAAAUGCAGAAGCAGGCCGCUAUAGAAAGAGAAUUGAGACUGCAGAAAUCUCUUUCUGAAGAAUGCGAAGAUUUGGGCGUCGAUGAACCGAGCACUAGCGAUUUGUUUCCCGAAGCAGAUCUUUUAUUCGAUUCCAAUCACUCGCCGUCAUUCGACCAGACCUCUCAAGAUAUCAAGCGCGUAUCGCAAGUUGUUGAAAUCAAAGAAGAGGUUAAAGAAGCAAUGAAUUUGUUUAGCGACGACGAAAAUUCUGGUUCACUAAGAGCCGAUCUGUUUGAGUACGUCGAAUACCAACCGGUGGAAACUUUAGAUUAUCAAGGACGACAGAUGAAUGGAAAUAUCGAAGCAUGUUCUUCAGGGUGUGAAGACAAUACACUAUUACCAAAAUGUGCCGCAAUGUCAGAAGUAACUCUAAAUUCUCCCAUAUCUCCAGAAAUGUAUCAAGAAGCUGCUAUGCAUAAAUAUAAGUUUAAAUAUAGUAAUAGGAAAAAAGGGGAUAGGAUUAAACAGGAUUAUGGUGGAGAGGUGGUAUCCAGCUCUGAGGAUACGGUAGUUUGUACUGAAAUAGCUAAAGUUAAUUGCGAAGAUAUUUAUAAAGUAGUGCAUAUAUCGAAAUCGGAAAUUGUAAAAGAGGGGAAAUGCGAGUUGCAUUGUGAGGAGGAUGUAGAUUCUCCGAGUAGUGGUAGGGGAGCUAGGAGAAGUGUUAGGAAACUAUGUUCGUGUUGCAACGGAGCACAAGACGGCAAUUUAGCCAAGAAACGACCUCAGACUUCCAGACCUCAUACGCCGGCCGCCCCGCACAAAAAAGCCUUUCUGAGUAAGAAAAGAUAG